GCAGCAGCAGAGCAUUCAUCUCCCCCCCCCUCCCCUCCCCUGCUCCCCUGGCUGGCCCGAGCACCAUGAAUAGGAAGACACGGCGGUGGAUUUUCCAUUUUUUCCUGUGCCUUGGAAUAGUGUAUUUGAAAAUCGGGGGCCUGUCGUCGGUGGUCGCGCUGGGAGCGAGCAUCAUCUGCAACAAAAUCCCGGGGUUGGCCCCCCGUCAGAGGACUAUCUGUCAGAGCCGCCCCGACGCGAUCAUAGUGAUCGGGGAGGGAGUUCAGAUGGGGAUCAAUGAGUGUCAGUUUCAGUUCCGACACGGACGCUGGAACUGCUCGGCCCUGGGGGAGAGGACCGUGUUCGGCAAAGAGCUCAAAGUGGGCAGCAAGGAGGCCGCGUUCACCUAUGCUAUCAUAGCUGCCGGGGUCGCCCAUGCAGUCACUGCGGCUUGCACCCAGGGGAGCCUGAGCGACUGCGGCUGCGACAAGGAGAAGCAGGGUUUCUACAACCAGGAGGAGGGCUGGAAGUGGGGCGGCUGCUCCGCCGACGUCCAUUACGGCCUGGACUUCUCGAAGGUGUUCGUGGACGCGCGGGAGAUCAAGCAGAAUGCCAGGACUCUCAUGAAUUUACACAACAAUGAAGUGGGACGCAAGGUCCUGGAGAAGGGCAUGCGUCUGGAGUGCAAGUGCCACGGCGUCUCCGGGUCCUGCACCACCAAGACGUGCUGGACAACGCUCCCCAAGUUCCGGCAGCUGGGAUACAUCCUCAAAGACAAGUACAACCACGCCGUUCACGUGGAGCCGGUGCGCGCCAGCCGCAACAAGCGCCCCACCUUCCUGAAGAUCAAGAAACCCCACUCCUACCGCAAGCCCAUGGACACGGAGCUGGUCUAUAUCGAGAGGUCGCCGAACUACUGCGAGGCCGACCCUCUGACCGGCAGCAUGGGAACGCAAGGCCGCCUGUGCAACAAGACGGCCCUGCAGCCCAACAGCUGUGACCUGAUGUGCUGCGGUCGGGGAUAUAACACACACCAGUACUCGCGUGUUUGGCAGUGCAACUGCAAGUUCCUGUGGUGCUGCUACGUCAAGUGCAACACCUGCAGCGAAAGGACAGAGGUGUUUACUUGUAAAUAGAAAUAUUUAUUGGACAUUUAUUUAGACGCACAGCCAGACUGGACUAUGUGUGUAUGUGUGUGUGUGGGUGUGUGUGUGGGUGUGUGUGUGUGUGUGUGUGUGUGUGUGUGUGUGUGUGUGUAUGAGUUGUUUUGAUUGUAUUUCAGAAUAAGAAUAUUCCAUGUUGCUGUGGAGUUACUGCUUUGCUGUCUUGGCAUUAUGACUUUCAUAACCUGUGUUGAUUGUAUUGAUGCCAAUGGACAUCUGCCAUGACACUGGACUCAACCUGUAGGCUCAUAAAUGUUAUUUUAAUUUGUAAAAAAAAUCGAAUGCCACUUCACACUUAGCCUUUCCGCAGUCUGUACAGGUUCACCGACACGUCUCAAGUCAAACAGUAAAAAGUUAUUUCUAUAGACUAAUAAUUUAUUCAGAGAGAAAACUACUGAUCAUUUUUGAAAAAUCACUGUGUGCUAAAGCUCGAGUUGGUGCAGGUUUGCAGUAAAAGAAGUGCACUUAAAAGUAGAAAACCAUUUUUCAAUACCCUUUUUUUUUUUUUUUUUUUUUUUUAACAAGACAAACACUGGAGCUGAAGACUGAAACAGUCAGAAAUGACCAGGAGUGAAUAUACAUAUUUGGGACCCUGCAGCUUUUGAGCAUUAGCAGAAAAAAAAACUAAACAAAACUACUGAUUUCUGGGUUCUGUAUAGUUUCCCCACAUGUUUCUGUCUCACUUCCCCACCCGUUUGCUGCUAGCUGUCUGGAAAGUUAUGGAGUUUUCAACCGAGCUUCCGCUUUGACUUUGACUGCCGAGCUUGGUUGACUGCCACAAGCAAAUGUGAGCUUCCAGACAUAAAUUCCCCUUAAUGUUGGUUGAUAGAAUAUAUUUUGUAAGAGAUUAUUUUUAUAUAAAUAUUUUUUUUUAUUUAUUUUCUUUCUCUGUGUAAGAUAUUCUACCCUUAGCAUUUCCAACUGUGUUGUUAGUUACUGAGUUUAGUGAAAGAAAAUGACCCAGAAACGCUGUUUUUUCAGAAAUGUGCUUCUUGUUCAUGCAGCAGUAAAAUAUGAUAAUGUUACACUGAAAUAUGCAGUAUUUUUAUUUUUUUUUUUGGUCAGGAAAAACCUCACUCAUAGAGAGCCCAAGGCAUAGCCUCACCCAGACUAGAUGCUGUUCUGCAAACCAAAGGGUGCUCUUUCACACCUGUGUUUCCUUUGGUCGCAUUUAACCUUUUGUUUGGUUCGUGUUCAUGAGGCGUUCGAGUCUGACACGGUCUCAACAUCAUGUUCCUGCUUUUGUGAUUGGUCAUAAUUCUGUCUUGGCGAAAUGGAUUUCAGGUAAUAAAUCGAAAAUGGAGCAUCAGCA